AUGACCUCCCUCAAGCAAUUCAUCCGCAAUGUGCGCGCGUCAAAGACCAUUGCUGAUGAGCGCGCGGUGAUUCAGAAAGAGAGUGCUGCUAUCCGGGCAAGCUUUCGAGAAGACAGCACAGAUUGUCACAUCCGGAGAAACAACGUUGCCAAAUUAUUAUAUCUAUUCACAUUGGGCGAGAGGACACACUUCGGACAGAUAGAAUGUCUGAAAUUGCUUGCCUCGCCACGGUUCGCCGACAAACGGUUGGGAUAUCUAGGGACUAUGUUGCUACUGGAUGAAAACCAAGAAGUUCUAACAUUAGUUACCAAUUCCUUAAAGAAUGACCUUAACCACUCGAACCAAUAUGUCGUUGGCCUUGCCCUUUGUACGCUUGGAAAUAUUGCCUCUGUCGAAAUGUCCCGAGAUCUCUUCCCUGAAAUCGAAUCGCUCGUGUCUACGGCAAAUCCGUAUAUUCGUCGAAAGGCGGCGCUAUGCGCCAUGCGAAUCUGUCGAAAAGUACCAGAUUUACAGGAACAUUUCGUCGACAAGGCCAAGAAUCUUUUGGUGGACCGCAACCACGGCGUUUUGCUAAGCGGGUUAACACUUGCGAUCGAGUUUUGUGAAUACGACGAGAAUGAGGGGACUGGAGAAGUCGUGGAAAAGUUCCGCCCAAUGGCAGCCGGAUUGGUGCGGACUCUGAAGGGCUUAACUUCCUCUGGCUAUGCUCCCGAGCACGACGUGUCCGGUAUAACGGAUCCAUUCUUACAAGUGAAGAUUCUUCGGUUCUUGAGGGUACUCGGUAGGGGAGAUGCUGCCACCAGCGAAUUAAUAAACGAUAUCCUCGCACAAGUCGCUACAAACACCGAGUCUAGCAAAAACGUCGGCAACUCCAUUCUAUAUGAGGCUGUCCUGACUAUUUUAGAUAUUGAAGCGGAUUCAGGCCUCCGCGUGCUCGGCGUUAACAUCCUAGGAAAGUUUUUGUCAAACAAAGAUAACAACAUCCGAUACGUCGCUCUUAACACCCUCGUUAAGGUGGUUGCUGUAGAGCCGAAUGCUGUUCAGAGACACAGAAAUACGAUUCUUGAAUGUUUGAGGGACCCCGAUAUCAGCAUACGUCGGAGAGCUCUAGACCUUAGUUUCACAUUAGUCAACGAAGGGAACGUCAGGGUGCUUGUUCGUGAACUCCUGGCAUUCCUGGAAGUCGCUGACAACGAGUUCAAGCCUGCUAUGACGACCCAAAUUGGAAUUGCUGCACGCAAAUUUGCUCCGAAUCCAAGAUGGCAUGUGGAUACCAUGCUCCGUGUAUUGAAGCUGGCCGGAAACUACGUGAAAGAACAAAUCAUAUCUUCAUUUGUUCGUCUCAUUGCUACAACCCCCGAUCUACAGACUUACUCUGUACAAAAACUCUAUGCGGCACUGAAAGAAGAUAUCUCUCAAGAAGGCCUUACCGUGGCUGCAUCCUGGGUUAUUGGUGAAUUCGGAGAUGCGCUGCUCCGUGGAGGCCAGUAUGAGGAAGAAGAACUGGUGAAAGAGGUGAGGGACAGCGACAUCAUCGAUCUUUUCAUGAACAUUCUAAACAGCACCUACGCGACCCCAAUUGUGACCGAGUACAUUACCACGGCCUCCAUGAAACUUUCCACAAGAAUAUCAGACCCAGCCCAGAUUGAACGAAUCCGCAAGUUCCUGAAGACUAAAACUGCCGACCUGAGCGAAGAAAUUCAGCAGCGCGCUGUGGAGUAUAGCAACUUGUUUGGAUAUGACCAAAUACGCCAAGGAGUACUCGAGAGGAUGCCUCCGCCAGAAAUACGAGAGGAGCAACGAGUUCUUGGUGAAGUCACGAAUAAACGACAGAGCAGAUUGUUGAAAGACAAGUCAAAGAAACCAUCCAAACCUACCGAACAAGAUAUGCUCCUCGAUCUCAUGGGCGGCGGCUCUGAUGCACCUGCCGCAAGCACACCUGGCAAAUCUAAUGGUAGCCAAAAUACUGCAGACCUCCUUGCAGAUAUUCUUGGCGGCGGUGGUAGCUCAGAGCCUGCCCCAGCCACGCGAUCACCGCAGCCCACGUCUGCCAAAUCCUCAAAUGUCGAUGUCAUUAUGGACCUUUUUGGUUCCAAUGGAUCUUCUCAGCCGCAGACUUCUGCAGGCCUCAUAGGAAAUACAACCCAACCGGCGCCUGCCACCUCUCCGUCACCCACCGCUCAUGAGGUAUUUAACAAGAAUGAUCUCCAAGUGACUCUUCAAAUCCAAAGAAGUAGCGCUGGUAUGUGUCAGAUACUCGCCAAGUUCCGCAACAUAUCUGCUCUAGAUAGCUUCUCGGGAGUUGGCCUGCAAGCCGCCGUGCCUAAAACUCAGAAACUUCAGCUGAAUGCCAUUAACAAAGCCGACCUUGAUGGUGGUGAAGAGGGUACACAAGCAAUGAGGAUCGCGGCUGCAUCUGGCUCCCUUCCUCCAAAACUUCGACUACGUCUAAGGGUUAGCUAUUCUAAAAAUGGGGGAAAUCCCGCCGUGGAGCAGGUGGACUGGACUGAGCCAUAG